AUGGCUUCCUAUAAGUCACACUACCCUCCCCCAAGGAGGACAGAGGACCGGGCGCCAACUACUCGGUUGCCUCAACGAUCUGUCACCCCUACCACAACCACCUCACAACUACCCACCCCAGGCCAAUCUAAACUGCAAAAGAGGAGGCCUUCAAAGGACGAAGAAGUAAACGCCAAAGUCUCGACGAGUCAACAAGGUCCCGCACAAGCACUUAGCUCGCGUCAAAGGAAAACCAGCCGGUCUACGCCUAUGUUCCCUCAACACCCGAGUAUCGCAAACUCAAAACCCUCACAACAAACAUCGACUUCCCGGUUACCAAAGCUUGAAGUUCCUCCAAGCAUACGCACACCCUCGCUCGCCUCAGGCUCUUCUGCCUCAACCAUCGAGAGUCCUCGUUCGAAUGUGCUCAGAAGGAAACAAACAAGUGUUGGGUCUGCAACUGGCAGGCAGGUUACGCGUAUAAGAGACGGCUCAAUUUCAUCCCAAGAUGAUAGGCAAUUAAUGGAGGGAAUACCCGGAGGAUACAAGGAUCCUUUCUCUGAGACAGUUCUGGGCAUUUCGAUACCGCCAUCAUCCAACAUCUUCGCUCGUUCAGAGGCUCAGGUCGAUUCCUAUAGUAACCCACUCUACGACUAUGAGAUCGGCCCUACAGACAUACUUCCUCUCCCAACACCGCAGUAUGCACUCUCAGCGACGCCUUCGUCUCGCUACACGGAUUCCCCUGGACCUUUCAGUGUCUCAUCAACUCCUACGUCGAUGUCGUCUUACUCUCCCGGUACAACGCUAUCGAGAGCCUCGAAUCGAACACGGCAGGCGAGCCCUCUGCAGAGUAGACCGCCAGUCACCCGACACAAGACUCCGGACGAAGUCAGCACUCGUCAUCCCCACACACUCUCCACCGUCAGAGAGUCUUCCACCUCAUCAUCAGCAGCAUCCACCGUUGUUACUGAUGGCGCGAAACACAAGGACGUCCAGUCACCUAACGGUCUCGCCACUCUGCCACAGAGUCCUCGGACGUCUGAUGUGAUUCCAAGAGCAGAAGAACGACCUCGCAUGCAGGCGCCCCCGGAGUUCGCUCAUCUCGCCGAUCAGUCGCCCGCGUCAAUGCCAACAUCAAGGCGACCGUCAAGACCCAGCAGAGAUGGUACACCAGAAUUAUCGGGGCUCCGUGGCCCAUCCCCAAUCAUCCAGAGCAAUAUUCUCAACUUCCCAUCUCAGCACAAAAGAACCGCUUCAUCGGAAUCUAGGAAUGGACUUACUGCUGGAAGAUCUAAAAUUAGCAUUCCAGCCAAAUCUUCUUCCCGAAAUCCCUCGCCCAAUCCUUCUUCAACAUUGCCAGCAGCUACCAGAGCCCCAGUUCGUGGACCGACACCCGACGUUCAGCAAGAUCGAAAGCCACGACGGACCAGCACCGGACCAGCACCAGCACCAGCGCCCGCUCCAAGCCCAAGUAAAACCUCUAGAUUUGGGUUCUUCACGCGUCGUACCAAGACUGAGCCUACCCUAACAGCGAAAUCUGAGAGCAAGCUUCACAGAAGAGGGCCAGCUGCAGGCACCGGCCACGAAGGCUAUGGGAGAUACGCAGUGAGAGGUCGAAGUGGAAGCUCAGUCAGUACAAACAGCAUUGGCCGAUCCGCCAGCGCCGGGACUACUUCUGAGAGCCUGGACAAAACCCCCUCAACUCGCAAGAGCAGCAUGACUAGCACGACCAGCGGCGAGAUGGACGACUUCUUCCUCAAUCGCCUCGCUCCUGUCGUCAUCAGAGGUACCGGCACUAGCUCGGAGCUGUCUCGAAGCCCCGAACCAAUGCACUCCACUAGCAGUCUAGACGUCUCAGUUGGUCAUGGAUUGGAACUGAACAAGACAGUGAGCAACACAUCUCAAUCAGCCCUUGAGAAGAACCGACCAACAUUGCUGCCUUCUGCUAUGCCGGACAGUUCACGCAAUGGAUCCCCGAUGAAGAAGAUGACUAUGGGAUUGCGAAGACCUUCCGAGAGUGAUGACGAUACCAAGAGAUCCUUCCUACCCUCCAUGGCCUCGAAACGGACGUCACGAGCUCUACAAAGCGCACAGGGCCCUAGCGCACCGUCAGGAUCGAACAGCCGGAUCACUGGGAAGAUCCGCAAGAACUCGAUAAGCGAGACAGCCGCUGAUAUCAAAGAGGGCUCUUGGUUGAAGUCGUCCAAGAAAGGCAAGGCCGAGAAGGAGGCGCCCAAGCCUUCAAAAAGAUGGAACUUCUUUCAACGUGCCCAUGCCGGACCACGCGCCCCAACACCAGCUGCUCCUACCGCCAGCCCUUCCAACCAAGCAACUGUUUCUCGAUCCGUCGCACACUACGCGUUGAUGGACCAGUCCGGGCUUGAAUUGGACGACAUUGAGCAGUUGAUGCAGGAGGUCGAUGAGGGGACUGAGAGCGCCCUCUCCGAUGACGAACCAGGAAGGAAAGAGCGAAUGCAGUCCAUGCUUCUCCCACCUAAACCAGUGUUGCCAUCUACCCUGACAGCACCCCGCUCGGCUUCGCCCAAGGUCUUUCUACGCUCUGAAGCACAACAACAACCGGAACAGCAACAGAGCAAGUUGAGUAUCGACACGAAUGUUCGAUCGGUUUCCCGCAACUCUGAGCGUUACUCGCUGGGUGACCUCACCCCCGUUACGGACCUUUCUCGACCUUCAUCACCAUUCCAUGAACCUUCGCCGAUGCGCGAUGAAGGCUCUGCGCCGCCACUGGAUGUAGCAGUUCCCCCUCGCAUGCCCGAGCCUGAACAAGAGUCAGUUCACGAUGCACCCGCGGAAGAAGAGUUCGUCCUCCCUCAGGAUCUUCCAUCGCCUGGCCCGCCGCCUACAAGCCCACCCCCUCGACCAAGUCGCUUGGCGCAAGUUGGUCGUAUCCCUCAGGUUGUCUCUAGUCGUCGCCAAGCACCUCGCCCGUCUUCACGUUCAUUCUCUCGUCCUUUUGCGUCGAACCAACCUCGUCCAGCAGCUCCUCCGCGAACGUCUUUCGAUUCCAUCGGAUCUGUUGUCGCAACUGCUGGUCCGGUGGAGCCAUAUCCUAUUCUGCACGGUCUAACCGCUCUGACCCAUGGAUCGGCUAUUGCUACCAUCAGCCCUAUGGAAGAUGAAGCCAACCGCCGAAGCGAGUUCUUCAAGUUCCCACCUCGUAAAGACUCCGAGGUAUCCUACUCAAGUAGCUCAGGUAUCUGGAGCUUUGCACCCGCUGCCGGUACUGCUGUCGUGCCCAGUCCUAGCGCGCCUCUGUCAGAUGAUGAACUUUGGAACGAGUAUGACGACCUGAUCGACCAGGUGCUCUCGCCUGUCACCUCUCGCACGAAGGAAGAGAACAAUAGCCUUCGCAGUCACCCUUCUCUCGAGCCAAUGCCCUUGAGACCCAAAGCGCCACGCAACAUUUCAGGAUCAGAGAACGAUGAGGUUGCCAAUCCCUCACUUCAUCUUCGUCGCUCUCGUCUGCUUGCUGUUCUACACUCAACACAGUCACCCACUUCGUCGAUCUCUUUCUCGGAAUUCAUCUCUGACUACGGCGAGCGCAAGAUCAGCGUCAUUGACCCUGUUACCGGCAGACUGAGCUUGCCUUCUAGUCCUCAGCUAUCGGCUGGGACUGCCACAAAGCGUUCAACUCGCUCCAGUCUCCCAGCCUCGUUGUCGCAGAGUGCUCGACAGUCCAAAGCCACCAUUGCUUCAAGGUCCAGCAAAGACCGCGACAGUGCCAGCACAACCCAUUACCGCGACACGCGUAUGAUGGACAUUGCCGAAAGCCAGGCGGACGGGCUCUUGUCGAUGGCAAACCUUCGAUUUGGCGCUCUCAUGACAAGCAAGUGGCUCUCGUUCGGACGCGUCUUGUUCAGCCCCGUCCACUUUGAAUUGAAAGACCCAAGCGAGGACCGCGUACUUGUCAUCGAUGGUCUUGGCAAAGACUGGUCUUACUACUGCGCACUCACAUACCCUGAAGCGACUGUCUAUGACAUGGGCCCCGAUCCAUCACCCACUGCAUCAACCGAGGGCGCUUCUGAGCCCUUGUCAACACUCAGCAACCACCGUCACAUCUACCACCCCUCCCUCGGCAAGGCUUUCCCGUUUCCCAUGCACUUCUUCGCCUGCGUCGUGCUUCGCUUUCCGACUGCACUUCCCUCAUCGGAACACCGCUUCAUCCUUUCUGAAGCCAAGCGCGUCCUUAGACCUGGUGGUUACCUUGAGUUCUCAGUCCUUGACAUGGACCUGGUCAACAUGGGCAACCGCGCUCGUCGCGCUGUCCGUGGGCUCAAAAUGAGGAUGCAAGUAGCAGAUGAGAGCAUUUCGCUUCGCAACAUCAGUGACGAAGUCAUGGCUGGUAUCGGGCGCAAGGGUUUUGUUGAGUGCAAUCGUUGCGUUGUUGGUGUUCCGGUUGCCGGCAAGCUCCCCAACCUCGAUGACGUCAAGCAGAACAUCACGAAGAGGAAGGGCAGCACGGCCAGCUCUUCCAGCAAGACAAACAACAUGCCUGCACCAAAAGGACCCAAGCCUGAAGUAUCCUUCUCCGAUUUGCUCAACGCCACCUCGUCCUCCGAGUCAAACGAUACUGGCAUCACCGAUAUGGUGGCGCGCGUAGGCAGAUGGUGGUACUCUCGCUGCUACGAGUCGCUCGUCCUUCCCGAAGCCGGCCAACCUGGCGCCGCUACUUCCGGCAACCUUCUAGAGACCAGUAUCUGGCGCGAUCAAAGCCUCAUCAACGAGUGCGAGAAGCGCGGAACUAGCUUCAAACUCCUCAUCGGCUACGCGAAGAAGCCCGAGGUAGGCGUCCGACGAACCGUCAGCGUCUAA